AUGACGAGUAAUAACAACAUAUCAAAAGUGCCAAAAGGGUUCCUGAUGGAUUUCGAGAAACUAGAGUCGUUUGGGUGGACCGAUUGCAACCUAGGACCGACGUUGCGAUAUGGUUCCUUGGAAUUCCACAGUGAAGCCUUGCGAGGCAUUUACCUCUACGGUGACAGUAUCUCAAGUUUGGAACCGUACGCCAUCACAGGCUUGAUGGUUGACACAAAAAUUGAUUUCCGAUUUAACGAAUUCAGCGAAUUGCCUGAAGUUCCCUUCCGCCCGAUGAUAGAGGUUCUUUCUCAGGAGCAGGGGUACAUCGAUAUGGCUGUUAAUCCCAUCGAGUGUGGAUGCAGUAUGGCCUGGUUAGUACGCAACCCGGCGUUCCUGAGAGCAGUCCAUGGUGGCCAAUGCACAGAUGGAACCUUUUUUGAAGACUUGGAGCCUGAAGCCUUCCAAGACUGCAUCGAGAUGCCCCCGCCGUUUUCAGGCGAUUUCUCUGACAGUAUAGCUUCGGACCGCAUUUUGGAUAUUCAUGUUUACCCUUAAAGACCCCGUCGGACUCAUCACUAAACGGACCGGCCAUUGAUUUCUCAAUUUGCCUGUUCAGAAUUUUAAUGAAAAUUCUUGCUGAAUGUCAAUGCUUAUGAUUGUCAUGAAGUUGGCAAAUUCUUUGAUUUCAUUUUCAUGAACAUAAAUG